AACAGACUCAGCAAGGCAGAGACGUCCAAACUGAGGAGGAUCAGAGAAGAAGAACGCCGUCACUCGUCUGCAGAGUAAACGACUGAGAGACGAGAGAAGAGGAGGAGGAGGAGGAGGUGGAAAAAGAGGAGGAGGAGGCAGCAGCGAACCACCCACAGAGAGAGUUUCCUCACACACAGACACUGUUUUUAUGUUGGUGUUAACAGAAGCUUCAACUCACUGACAACAGAAAGUUCCUCCUGAAACAAACCACAGAGGAAGAAGAAGAAGAAGAAGAAGAAGAAGAAGAAGAAGAAGACCUUAUUAAAAGUCACAAGAAGAAACUCUGACUGAAAACUGACUUUCCUCCAAACUUACCUAAAGAGGAGCAGACUCACCAGAGUGCAUCAUGGGAACGUCUUGAAUCCACAGAGAGAUCCUCUGAAGACCUGAAGACUGUCCUCCUCUGGUUCCACCUCCACCCCCCCAACAGCAUGCUGGCCAGGCCUACCCAGGGACGGAGCGCUCAAGGUGGGGCAGGAGGGCUGACGACGAUGAUGACGAUGAUGGUGAUGAUGAUGAUGAUGCUGGUGGGGGUGAUGGGGGUGAUGGAGGUGGCGAGCGUUGAGGAGGUAGAGAGCGAGGAGAGCGAGGAGGUGCUGGAGGAGGACGAGGUCAUCAGUGCUGAGAUCCUGGAGCCGCUGUCCUCAGAUCUGUCCAGAGUGUCUCCUCUCAGCUCCUGGCUCAUCUUCAGAAGAAACUCCAACAAAGGGGACAACCGGAGAACCAAAGGGACCAGGAGAACCUCCAAGCAUGGUCCUUCAGGACCUCCGGGACCUCCAGGACCCAGGGGGCCUCCCGGCCCCCCUGCCCCCCUCCUGCCCCAGCAGCAGGAGCUCCUCCAGGAGCUGCAGCUCAAACUGAGAGACAUGACAGGAGGAGUGUGUUUUCAGUGUGAUGGUCCUCCUCGUGUCUCCACCUCCUUCCUCAGACGCCUCCUGCAGCCCGUCAUCGUCCCCCGUCGCAGCCUCCUGGAGCUGCACCCAUUCAGCCAGCCCUCAGACUCAGAGCGGAGCCUGCAGAGGGGGCGGAGCUUCAACAGCAGCAGCGGUCGGUUCACGGCCUCCGUCUCCGGGUUCUACCAACUGACCGCCAGCCUGCUGAUAGAGACCGGAGACAGAGUCCAGGUGAGACUCAGAGACAGUGUGAGAGCAGCCGUCUGCAUCGAGUCCCUCUGCCAGAGCAACCUCUCUGUAGAGUCGGUGAUGGGCGUGGCGGCUGCUGGAGGAACGUUCAGCAUCUUACUGAUGGGAACUCUUUAUCUACAGGCUGCUGAGUAUGUGUCGGUGUUCGUGGAUAACUCCAGCGGUUCGGCCGUCAGUGUCCUGCAGGACUCUCUGUUCUCUGGGAUUCUGCUGGGAGUCUGAACCUCUUCAUCAUCAUCAUCAUCCUCACACAGCUGAUCUUCAUCACCUGAGAUGUCUCACACCUGACCUCAGGUGAAAGGAUCCCUGAGAACUGGAAUUAAUGCCUCCACCUGGUGAACAGCAGAGGAACCUCUGGUGACGACCUUUAACAGACUGAUUUUACAUUAUAUUUAAUCUUUAUAUUGAAGUUUAUUCUGCUUUGUUCAGUUUUCCUUUUGUCAAAGUGGAACAACAUGAAACUUUUUAGCAUUAAAUACAUUUUAUUUUAAGGUAAAAUGAUUAAAAUCACGAGUCCUUCAUGGACCUGAAGCAUCAACCUGCUGCUCACUGAUUUACUUUAAUAUUAAUAUUUAUUCUCUGGAUGUCAUCAACAAGUUGUGAAUAUUUAAAAUAAUAAAUCUGUUUCUACUGGCUGCAGAGCUCCAGAGUUCUGUGUCACGUUCUCCGUGUUCUCCAUUCAAUCUGAUUAUUAUACAUCAUUAAAAAUAAUAUUGAUUUUAAUCCAUAAAAUAGCUUUUAUUUCCUUAUUA